AUGACAAAUUCUAAAAUUCAAGUGUUCGUUUUCGGGGAUCAGACUGAAAGUUCGAUUUAUCAACUUCAGGAUCUGUUGCGCUCUGCAAAAGUCUUAAGACCACUUGCAGAUUUCUUUAUGCAAUGUUGUAAUGCUCUGAAAUGCGAAAUAUCCUCAUUGACUAGUUUCGAGCAGGAUCGAUUUCCUGCAUUUAAUUCAAUCAACGAACUCGUGAAUAAUGCCUAUGAAUCGUGUGGUCAUAAUGAUGCUCUUAAUGGUAUACUUCUCUGUAUGGCUCAACUUGGUUGUUUCAUCAGGCUUUUGGAAACUGCGUCUGACUCGCAUCCAUCGUCCGAUACCGUUUAUAUCGGUCUUUGCACCGGUCUUCUAUCAGCUGCAGCUGUGGCAGCAUCAAAAUCCCUCACUCAUUUAGUGACAACAGCAGUGGCUAUCGUACGAGUUUGCUUCAAAAUCGGAUUAGUGGCAAAACGUCGAGCUGAACAUUUAGAACCGGAGAAAUGCGUUAAGGAUACUUGGUCAAUGUUGGUCACAAAUCUUUGUGCCACCGAAGCGCAAUCAAUGAUUAGCGCCUCGCAGAAAGAACAGAAUAUUGUUCCCAAUAAGCAAGCAUAUGUUAGUGCCGAAUCUAUCUCUUCCGUAACAAUAAGUGGACCGCCAUCAACAUUGAAAAUUUUAUUUACAGCGGGUCAACCACUUGCCGCUUUCAAUCACAUUCCCCUUUCAAUCAAAACAGCGUAUCAUGCCAGUCACUUGGGUUUGGUAGACGCUGAAGACAUUAUGGGCGGUCAAUCGGAACUUAAAACUCAGCUUAUAUCUAGGCAAAUUCAUUCCACGCGAGAUGGUAAAUACUUCCGCGUAUCGAACCUUCGAGAUCUUCUGACAGAAAUCAUUGACGAUAUUUUGAUCAAGCCAUUGAAAUGGAACUCUGUUAUCGUCGAACUCAUUGCAAUAAUUAAAUCAAAAAAAAUUGAUAAUAUUGAUGUUUAUUCAUUUGCAUCAGCUAAGGCAUGCAAAAGUUUGGUAGACAGACUUCGUGAAACUGAUGUGACGAUUCAUGUAAAAGAUACUGAUAAAGAUAUACCGAUAGUAUCUCAUAAUUACAGAAAGGGUGAUGUAGCGAUUGUUGGAAUGAGUGGUCGAUUUCCUGGUAGUGAAGAUCUUGAAGAGUUUUGGAAAAGUUUAAUAGACGGGGUAGACGUUCAUCGAGAAAUACCAAGUGAUCGCUUUGAUGUAAAAACUCAUUAUGAUCCCACAGGAGCCGUUAGAAACUCGACUUUGACACAAUAUGGGUGUUUUAUUGACCGACCUGGACUCUUUGACAUCAGCCUAUUCAAUAUGUCUCCAAGGGAGGCAGCUCAGACAGAUCCUCAACAGCGUCUUGCUCUCAUAACCACAUAUGAAGCGUUGGAAAUGGCUGGGUAUGUUCCUAAUAGGACACCGUCAACGAACACGCAUAGGAUCGGCACUUUUUUCGGACAAGCUAGUGACGACUGGCGUGAAGUAAACGCAUCUCAAAAUAUUGACAUCUACUAUAUUACAGGUGGAUUGCGUGCAUUCGGACCUGGACGCAUAAGCUACUAUUUUAAAUGGGAGGGUCCUUCGUACAGCAUAGACACCGCAUGUUCCUCAAGUGCGGCAUCUGUUCAGCUUGCAUAUUCCGCAUUAGUAAAUGGUGAAUGUGACACUGCUGUGGCCGGCGGUACAAAUAUUUUAACAUCAUCCGAUCUGUUUGCUGGACUGAGCCGUGCUUAUUUUCUUUCUCGCACGGGAUCAUGUAAAACGUUCGAUGACGAAGCAGACGGUUAUUGUCGUUCAGAUGCUGUUGCAUGCAUUAUAAUGAAGAGACUCGAAGAUGCCAUCGCUGACAAUGACAAUAUUCUGGGUGUCGUGCGCGGAGCUGUGACUAAUCAUUCCGCAGAGGCCGUGUCCAUAACACAUCCUCAUGUAAAUACUCAGCAGCGAUUAUACCGUAAGCUGUUGAAUAAUGCCAAUGUUCAUCCAAGCGAUGUCGAUUAUAUCGAGAUGCACGGUACAGGAACUCAAGCCGGAGAUACAUGCGAAAUUCACUCCAUUAUCGAUGUUUUUGGAAACAGUCGCGACUCUAGUACACCAUUGUUUAUUGGAUCUGUGAAAGCAAAUGUUGGUCAUUCUGAGGCCGCUGCAGGUGUUACUUCUAUUAUCAAAGCAAUUCUGAUGUUACAACACGAUACUAUCCCACCACAUAUUGGCAUAAAAAAGCGGAUAAAUUCAAAAUUUCCUCCAUUGGAUACGCUGCAUAUUCAUAUUGUCAAAAGCCCACUUGAGUUCAAACGUCGUGCAAAGAAUCAAAACCGAACCGUUGUUGUCAAUAAUUUUGAUGCUGCUGCUGGAAAUAGUGCAAUACUUAUUGAAGAUGCGCCAAUUCUUCUUACAAAAGGAGUAGAUCCUCGAACUGUUCAUGUAGUUACUGUUUCAGCAAAAACACCAUUUUCAUUAAAAGAAAAUGCCAAGCGUCUUCUGGCAUAUAUCACAAAUUAUCCUGAGGUACCCGUUGGUGAUGUUUCCUACACUACUACUGCUCGUAGAAUGCACUACAUGUUUCGUGCAGCUUUUGCAGUCAGUAGUAUUUCUGAGCUGAAAGACUCCUUACACGAUUUAGUCACCUCAACUGAUGCGCCAAUCCGAACUUCAGCAGUAGAGACAGUAUUCGUCUUUUCUGGUCAGGGCAGUCAUUAUUUUAGGAUGGGCAAAGAACUAUUUGACAGCUGCUUUAUAUUUCGUAGAGAUAUUCUAGAAUAUGACAAUCUUUGUCAGAGGCAGAAUUUUCCUAGUUUUAAAGCUCUGAUCGAUGGUACUGCAGAGAACCUCGAAGCAUUGUCUCCAAUUCAGACUCAACUUGCAUUCAUUGCUCUCCAACUCGCCUUGGCAAAUCUAUGGUUAUAUUAUGGCAUAAAACCAACUCUUGUCAUUGGCCAUAGUCUUGGAGAAUAUGCUGCAUUAUGUGUUGCUGGUGUCUUAUCAGUCAAUGAUGUAUUUUAUCUUGUAGGGAAGAGAGCAUCUUUGAUGACUGCUUUGUGUACCCAAGAUACCCAUGCUAUGCUGGCUGUUAUGCGGGAUGCAACAGCAGUUAGCCAGGAUCUUCAACAAAAUAAGAAUUCUUGUGAAAUUGCAUGUUUUAAUAGUCCACAGUGUACUACGGUUGCCGGGCGCAUCUCACAAAUAUCUAUUUUACAAACCUUUUAUGAGUCGAUCGGUGUCAAAACAUCAAAACUGGAAACAUCUUUUGCUUUUCAUUCGUCACAAAUGGAUCCAAUUUUGGCGGAUUUUCGAUUCAAUGCAAGAGGUGUAUCGUUUUCUAAACCAAAUAUUCCCGUUGCAUCCACUCUACUCGGAAAUAUUGUGCAACAGGAAGGUGUCUUUUCGGUAGACUAUCUCUGCCGCCAUGCUCGCGAUCCGGUAAGGUUCUCUGAAGCACUUGGAGCGUGUGACAAAAGCGGUAUAGUCGACGAGCAAACUCGAUGGCUGGAAAUUGGUCCUAGUGAUGUUUGUUUAAAUAUGGCGAAAUCAGUUUUAAAUGUACCAGAGCCUUUACUUAUACCGACCUUGAAGAGGAAGCAAUCAGAUCUUAUGUCCAUGGUUAAGAGCAUUGCAAAAUUGUAUGUGGGUGGUGUUGACAUUAACUGGAUGGCGUAUCAUAGGGAGUACGAAGCGAGUCAUCGACUACUGACGCUGCCCACGUACGCCUUCGACUUACAAAACUAUUGGAUUCAGUACGAAGGAGAUUGGUGUCUCAAGAAAAAUAGGAAUUCUGGCGGCGAGUUUAUCGAAAAAUCAACUGCAUUCUUUUGCGGUACGACCACACUACAGGAAAUUCAUAAUGAAAACUUUGGCGCGAGCGACACCAGCGUUACUUUUGUCUCAGACAUUUUUGAGUCUAAAUUUCAAAAUGUUAUCCAAGGACAUCUGGUGAAUAAAGUCGCAGUAUGUCCGGCUUCUGUGUACGCCGAUAUGGCCUUUACUGCUGCAAAGUAUAUUCAUAAUCGUCGCAAUCGAUCGGCGUUACCGAUUUCAAUGGAUAUCGUGAAUAUGAAAAUGGUACAACCUUUGAUUUUAAGCAACAGUUUGGAAAAGCAGCAUGUGUACAUUACCGCUACUAGUAACGCAAAUUCUGAUACGAUCGAGUUUAUAUUCACUUCGAAAAAAGGAUCCACAAAGGAACAACAUGCUAGUUGUGUUGUCAAGUAUGGCGAUGGUGCAGAAUGGACGACUGAGUGGAAUAGACAAGCUUAUCUUAUUCAAAGCCGCAUGAAUAGCCUCGUCGAAGCCGCUGAACAUGGCAGGGCUCAUCGUUUACUUAGAGAUAUAGCCUAUAGACUUUUCUCUGUUUUUGUACAAUAUUCUGAGAGGUAUCGCGGAAUGGACGAGGUCUGGAUGGAUAGCAAUAUGCUUGAAGCCACUGCAAAUAUAAAAUUUCAGACUACAGUUGAAGAUGGUUCAUUCGAAUAUAAUCCCUACUGGCUGGACAGUAUUCUUCAUCUAUCAGGUUUUGUUCUGCACAGUACAGACGCUCUCCAUAACGAUUUCGCCUAUAUUGCACAUAGCUGGAAAAGUAUGCGUAUUGUGGGUCAACUUUCGAGUAAUAAAUCUUACAAGAAUUACGUUCGUAUGCAAUCAAUCGAUAACGGUCAAAAGAUGACUGGUGAUGUCUAUAUUUUUGAAGAAAGCAGGAUCGUUGCCGUUUGUACUGGUCUUCAGUUUCAACAAAUUCGACUCUCUAUUUUAAACCAUAUUUUAACGUUCAAUGCUGCUAAAAAUGUUGCCCAAAAAACAGAGACCAUUUCAGAAAUAACUGCUCCUUUAUCUAAUGUUAGUACGCCAUUAACGGCUGGCUCGAACACAUUUCCUUUUGAUGAGAUUUUGGAAAUGAUCGCGUGCGAAAUCGGAGUGAAAAAGUCAAAGCUUCACGACGAUGUGAAUUUGCUUGAUAUUGGAAUUGACUCCUUACUUAGCAUUUCAAUCAUAGAACGACUUCGCCAAUUAACUGACUUCAACGUUCCAAGUUCACUGUUUUAUACUCAUUCUACUAUUGGGGAUCUUAAAAGGUUUAUGGGUGUUAAUCAACCGGAACAGAUUGAAGUUUCAGACAGAACUAGACGAUCAUCCAACUCUAAAUAUCUGCCAUCAGAUAUGACAUUGAAAAAUACUUUGAAUACCUCAAAUUAUCGUUCGAGUGACGAAGCAGCUAGUACAAUAAGUUCUAUCAUCGCUUGUGAGAUAGGCUGUAAUGUAGACAAAAUCUUUGCAUCAACUAUACUUGCUGACUUAGUGAUUGAUGAUCAAACUUGUUUGUCAAUUAAAAAUCUUAUUCGGUCAAAAACUGGAAUCGAUUUGCCGACAGCUAUUUUUCGGGAGCGAAUCACCUUAUCGGAGAUGAUCGAAAACUUUGGAUUCAAUUCAAAAGAGCGAACACCAAAUGCAGUACCUAGUCUUCGAACAGAAAUUAUCACUUCAAAAAGACGAUGUUCGCCCGUUCUCCUUCAUGGCGCACCAACCAAUCGUUCGCCAUUAUUCUUAUUUCCAGAAGGACUCGGAUCAGCUAGUUCAUACAUGUAUCUGCCUUUGGGUGACACCAAUAUAACUAUGUAUGGACUCAACAGCCCUUUCCUUGAUUGUCCAUCCGAGUUUACCUGUACAAUGGAAGAAAUUGCUGCGAUUUAUCUCACUGAAAUUCGAAAAAUACAACCUUCUGGGCCGUAUAUUUUAGGUGGGUGGUCUUCAGGAGGUGUGGUAGCGUACGAGGCGGCAACUCAAUUGAUUACUUCUGGUGAAGAAGUGUUAGGAUUGAUACUCAUUGACUCCCCAUGCCCACUAACAUUUCCACCAUUACCAUCCGAAAGUAUUGAAUUCUUCGAUUCUAUUCAUACUUUUGACGCCAUAACUGAAGGUGCUACUAAGUUUUCGGAAUCGUUCAAGCGGCAUUUUGUUGCAACGCUUAAGACUCUAAAACAAUAUGCACCAAAGCCUAUGGAUCCAUCAAAAACUCUUAAAACCUCCAUUUUUUGGUCGAAAGAUGGCGCGCUUGAGCUGAACAUAUACAAAAAUCUCAAAAUCCCCACAGAUCUUAGCCGCAAUAAAACAAUUGAUUGGUUAUUCCAUCCGAAGAAAGUCCAUGAUCUUGGAGGAUGGGAUGAAUUGAUUCCUAUUGCAGAAUGCAUAGUCAUUCCUGGAACUCAUUUCACAAUUAUGAAGCCACCUCAGGUGAAUAAAAACGCAUCUUGUAUGAAUACUAAACUAAAUUAA